GUGAGCUUCCCCCUCACGAACCCCGCACUAUGCUGACCCGUGCAGCUGCGGUACUGGCCUUUGGUACGAUUGCCAUUUACGUUCGAGUGUCCUUUGGUAUCAUGAUUCGUCAGGGCCGCCCAAGCAGCCCAGAUGUUUCCUGACGCACAUGUCGUCGCAGUCGAUAGUUCCGCCAUGAGCUCACGGUCUCUCAUGCGUCUUCCCGAGAACGCGUCGUUCCACCAAACUUCUAUCCUCGACUAUCUCGACACGCAGCCGGAAUCCUUCGACAUUGUCCACGCCCGUUUCGUUCUCAUGCAUCUCUCAUUAAUCGAAUAAUCGGAGUGCUCAAGCCCGGAGGAUACCUGCUGAUCGAGGACUACGAUUUCAACUCCCUGAUUGAGACC